AUGGAUGAUCGUUGGAGAUUUUACGAGAGUCAAGAUCCUAGACAGGUGCCCUUCAAUGUCCGCGGAUUGAUGCCUCCAGUCUUCACCCCGUUCAACGAAGACUUGACUGUCAACUACGGUGCUAUUCACGCCUACGCUGAGUACCUCGCUGAUGCUGGCAUCAAAUCCGUUCUAGUGGGCGGUACGACAGGUGAGCACAUGACUCUCUCAGUUGCUGACCGUAAGGACGUGAUAGAUGCUUGGUUAGAAGUCUCAGCGUGUAAAGGACUUCAUAUUCAAGUUCAAGUUGGAGGAGCGCCACUGGCUGAUGUACUGGAACUGGCUCGGUACUGUCAAGAAAGGUUUGUCCACUCAUUGCUGACCCUUCCAGAUCUGUACUUCAAACCUUCGAAUGUUGAAGAACUGGUGUUUUACGUAUCUCAAGUCGCUCAGGCAGCUCCUCGUAUACCGGUGCUGUACUACCAUAUUCCUCACAUGACCAAAGUUGAAGUCAGCAUGUCAGAAUUCGUUACGGCAGCCACAGCCAGCAUUCCCAACUUCAAAGGUUUGAAGUUUACCUCCAACGAUCUGAGUGAGGCCGCGCAGGUGCAAAGAGCUUUGAAGGACGGACAAGUGUUGUUCCUGGGCGCUGAAACGUUGCUAGCACCAGCCGCUCUCUUGGGCAUCAAAUCAAGCAUUGGCACGUCAUUUAAUUUGUUUCCGAAGCUAGCUCAGGAAAUUCUAAAAGCUGUUGAGAAAAAUGAAGUGGAAAAGGCCAGGAUACUUCAGGAGAAGCUCAGUUUAGCUGUUGAGGCCCAUACAUGUGAAGGACCCUGGGUGCCAGCAUUGAAAGCUGGUAUGGAGAUCGUGUCUGGAAUUAAAGUUGGCCCUCCAGCCCUCCCGCAGAGGCCUCUUUCAGCCGAAGCUAAGCAAAGACUGCAGUCUAAACUGGAAUCGCUUGGUGUAGCUAACUUAAAAGAGAAUUUUGCAAACAUGUGCAUUUAA